GCACACUCUGGAAAUCCAAGGCAUUAUGCCAUUACACAAUCGUCAUCUCAAAUCGCCUUGCUGGCAGACAUAUAUGCACAUGGCAAAGAGUGUUCUACUGAUUGAACUGCCCCAGCAAUUUAAUGCUCAAAUUGGAUGAGAAGGCUCCGGACCCCUUGGUACCAAAAGCCAUCAUUGAUCGAAUAUCUCCACAUCUUCCCUCACAGCGAACACCGGCCUCUCUUAGGUCUUGGUUGACACAGACACGCAGGCUUCUCAUGAUCAAGGAUUUUUUGCCGUUCAUGCCUUUCGGCAGCAGCGGCCUUGCCACAUUCAGAAAUUAUGAACGAUCGACAAACAAAGAGAUUGAACAACUUUGCAACAUUCUCAAGAAAGAUCCACGUGCACAACAAAUGGCAAAGGUCGGCCGGGCAUUCCGAGACUGCGUUCUCCAACGUCGCGCAUAUCUCUGGGCUAAAACUAGCCCAGAGGAGCUUUCAAAACUGUCACAAGACACUUUGUUUCACUUGGUCACCAUCACUGGCGGGACUUGCGACGUGUGCAAAGCGACUAAAUGUGACCUAAUUCCCGUUUGCCAGGCUCUGGCAUCGAAGCAGCCGAGUUUUCCACGGCCUCAACUUCAACUUGUACUGCCAAGAAAGAUUUCGGAUACCGCCGAGUCAAUUCAGUUUUGUGUCAAAGGAGACAUUGGGGGUCUGCAGCGCUUGUUUUCUCUAGGUCUUGCAUCCCCAAGGGACGAGAGCCAUUCUCGUGGGUUUAGUCUGUUAAGAUGGGCGCUAUAUGGUGGCCACAGUGGAAUGCACAACUAUGAGAUUGUUCGAUUUUUAGUCGAUCAAGGGGCCUACGUGGACAAUGAGUCGUACGAAAUUGUGGGCUAUUUCAAACUCCGCAAGAUGUACACCAAAUCCCACGAGCAGGCGCUUUGUUGCGUUAAACGUCAAGACAGAGAUUGGUUGGAAGAGCAAGACUUUCCUCAGAUCCACCGCAUCGUCCUGGAUCUGUCAUCGAGGUGACUUGAAAGCGAACUUGACGAGCACCCAAGCGUGGUCUUCGAUAUAGAUGCACAAGGCCGCACCGCGCUCGACUGGGCCACAGCUCGAGCCCAACUGGAUCAAAUGAGGCGUUUGAUAACUUUCGGCUCCGACGCAAAUUCGAUGGACAUCACUGGCCGUACAACAAUCCUGCAUGCAGUCG